UAGCGUUAUGUUUCCGCGACGUCAGUGACGUAACAAAAGCAUGUUUUGAAAUUGAUGCAAUGGAAACGGCCCAGAAAUACAAUUCGGCAUGGAAAAGAACUAAUGGAUGAAUAUUCUCUAAAGAAAGUAGGUGUUGAUUUGGAUGACACCAUUCUUUAUACAGAGCAAUAUGGACAUAUGCUUUCCAAAACCUACCCGGAGAACUUGACUGGAAAUGCACUUCAGACCGCUUCACGGAGUAGUCAGGAUUUGUUGUCCAGUAUGUUCGGGUUAAUUAACGAUGAAAAAUUUCAAAUCGAAUCCUUGAGAAACUCGCCUUUCCCUUCACUCGGUGAAGAACAAAAUAAGAUUUCCAGUGCAUACGCCAACGACUUGAAGACUGUCGGGUAUGGCCGCGCAGACUCUCCGAGAAAAACAACGUAUAACAACUCAUUUGACCCUCGACUGUCAUUCCGAGGCCUGGGGGGAGAGGUCUUCACCCCGCGGACAGAGGACGAUGACGACAAAAGUACAGCCCGGAUGACGGAAAACGUGUUCCUGGCCCUGGACAACCCGUCGGAGCUGGUGAACGACUAUUUGUAUGGGUACCGGGAGUAUCUGAAGGGUCUGACGAGUCUACCCACAAUACACAUCGGGUCGGGGGAUGAACCAAUCAGCGAUGACGGCUCCGACGAGUGCAAGCGUCUCUUUCAGAGAAUCCGGUCCGAAUCGGUUAAAUCCAUGUUUUUACCUGAAAACGAAACCCCGCAGCACAUCGAUUCCGGAAUGCUUUCAGAGAGUCCUGAUAACUGCAAAUCACCAACAGCCUAUACACAUCAAAACCAUAACCAAUCCAAUCAAUUAGACUUACAUGAACCAAGCCUGUCAACAGCUACUGUUUUAAAACAUAGUCAAGAAAGGAUGGAAUCAAAUUCACAAAAGAAUGUAUCGAAAUCAAUGUGCGAAGAAACCUUCGACGAACCAAUGCCGAGCACUAUCUCGCCCACCAUAUCACGUGAUCAGGCCCCGCGACCAAACAUCAAAUCUCCUCCUGGAUUUCCUCCAGUACAUGGUAAUAAAGAAACCGACAACAUAAUGAAAACUGGCAAACCUGCAGAAGAUUCAAAACAUAUUGAUCACGAGUCAAGUACGCAGACGAAAGAUGUUACGACAUCCGGUAAUACCCAACAUCCUCCAGAGAAGCAGGAGACAACUGGACAGCAAGUCCCCCAGUCCUCAGAAUCCAAGAAACCGGAAACAGGAACAAAACAAAAGUCAGUAGAUGUAACAAAAAAGACGUAUUCAGGCAACCGACCACAGACACACAAAUCUGUCCCUCAGCUUUCGAAACAGCGAGAACCGCUGAAAGAGAAAAGACUGAAGGACUUGUCAGAACUGAGACAACAGGCACGGGCGAGUGGGGAAGGAGCAACGGUUACAAAAGACUACAGUGCACCAUGCAAUGCUAGUUGGGCAGAAAAAUUGUUUCACAAAGAGGCUGAAGGAAAAGACAAAGAUUCAAAAGAAAAAAGGAAUAGUCAUGAAAUCAAACCAUGGAUGGAGAAAUCGUCUAAGUCAGUCACAUCAAAUUUAAGAGCUAGUUCAGAACCGUUUAUUCCACCAUCACAUGUCUCAAAGUCGAACAAUGCCUUUCAAGUUCAAGCUACUACUCUAGUUCCAGUUGAGGAAUUCAAGCCAAGGCCAUAUAGUCUGACCACUCAUGCUCAAACAAUCAACUUCCCCUCAAACCUUCAGCCUGCGCCGCAUCCACAGCCUCCAAACAUGUAUGUUCCCACAAACAUCCCUCCCCCACCCGUCCACAACUGGACUCAGUUCAAUUCACAGCAGAACUUUCCAAGACUACAAGACACCUUCCAACCUGGCAACUGGUUCAACAACAACAGUAUGGCGCAGCCCGUGAAAUACGACGGCUAUCAGUAUCAACAGCAGUUCCCCGACCCAGCAACCGUCACCCCGGUCGACCAGUUUGUCCCCGGUGUCAUGCAAAACAGCCCAUCUUACGGUCAGAGUUACCAGUACAAUCAGGUUGCUGGGAAUUACUCGUUUGGAAACGUCCUUCAGAGCAACAACGCAACAACAAACGUAUCGCCGCAGUACACCUUUAGCCAGCACCGGUUCUUGCCGACUGUCAACUGCCAACAGAACAGUCAGCAACAACACUUCUACAGCCACCGGGAAUUCCGAAACGGUGUUCCAUUUAAUUACAACAACAACUCUUCCUCUAGCAACAACAACAAUUACAACAACAACAACAACAAUAACAAUAACAACAACAAUAACGUGUCAGAGGUUGAUGGUAAUUGUUGUGGAGAAGUGGGGGAGGGUAUUCCAUGUGUCCAGUUCCGACGAAGUCGCAGUUGUGAGGACUUGUGCAUUGACGGUUCAAAAGGGAAGCCCAAGCCAAGAGCAAUCCGCUCCAACCUAGUCAGGAUCUAUCCGACAGAGUCCUGAUUCAUCUUGUUUAUUCUUAUUUAUUGGAACAAUUUUUCUUGUUACAUUUGAUGUGUUGU